GUCCACUGUGCCAUGCGUAGGUAGCACCGCAGGUCGAAAUAGAAGCCGAGCAUGUCAUUCAGCUCCUUUCAAAUCCCAAGCGGGAUCAUUUGAUAUAUACUUGUACUCUCGGAAGCCCUGAAUCUUCUGCAAUCCUGUGUUUUACGAGGCACCACCGACGCCUCUGUCUUCAAAAGCUUUGCCCCGCAAGGCUGUGGCACAGCAAAUGUACGUUCGGAUAUCCACUUGCAGGACAGGAACUAUUGAGUAAAAGUUCCUUUUCGAUCAACCCGGGUCACAGAACCAUCAAAGGAUUUUCCUUUCAGCCUGUCUAUUGAUUUGGCAACCAACAGAGCGACAGGUGUGCCUAUCACAGUCACCCCGGAAAACAUACAACCAAUCACGCCGACGGAACCCACUCACAACAGAAAGCUACGGACUUCCCCAACACACCUCUUCCAGGCCCCCUGACAUCCCACCGGGUAACUCCAAGGGCUCUCAUGUCAGCCCUAUCGAUUUAUACAUGUCCUGGCUUGGGCAAGUGUAACCUGCCAUCCAUAUCUUGGUAGCCGAUUUCCCAUAUCACAUCAAAUGAACUGGUUCUAUUGGCCAGCACCCCUGUGCUGGUGGCCUUUUUGCUUACAGAUACUACACCAGCUUUCGAGCCUCAGCUAUGAAAGGAUAUCACAAAAUUCUUCCACUUGCACAUGAUCUCACGCGCCUUUCUUGACCCCCAACGGUUCGCCUCGCACUACACCCAAAGGGGUGGAAGAUGCAAGGGUCUUUUUUUUACGCGAGAAGGACUCUGUUACGAGCUUCCUCCGGAACGAUGGUGUGUUGGUGUAAUCGUAUGAUACGAUACGGGCUUUUUGGUGGAACCCUUGCCAUCAGGCCGGAAUCCGAAAUGAGCACCCCGAAGGAAGGGUCUGACUCUAUCGUCGGUGUCCUCUUGGAUGGUCUGGACGACCUCCCCAUGACAAACGAACUGAUGUGGGAGGGGUUUUGGAGAAGGCCGGUGGGAGCUGCUGGCGGCGUAGUUGUCGGUAUGGCGGCAGUUGUGGAUACUGCGAUGUCCUCUCGAAGAUGUAGCUGGGAGGAAGCGGCGCGUAGCCUCUUUGGGAAGGGGAUUUGCCGUACUGCUCAGAUCAUCCUGGAAUAAAAGACACAGGUGGAAGAUCUCUUUUUUGUGAAAAGUGCCCAUCACUCUCGAGCUCUCAUCUCAUCUGAUUCUUUGGUGGUCCCAGAGUAUACAGUCAACAUGGAGCAGAUAGUCUUGCUACUUUGUUACCUGGCUCUGCCAACCAUAUUCCUCACAGUGGUGAGGCAUGCACUAUCUCUUGUACAGAAGAAGCCAAACUCGGUGGCCAAGUUCCCCGGCCCAAAGCAGUACCCUAUUGUGGGGCGCAUACACGACCUGCCUCGCUUCUCGCUCUGGCUCAAGUUCAAGGAGUGGGCCGAUAUCCACGGCCCGAUAUACCAGACCAGGGCUGUGGACAACACAUUCAUCAUCAUAUCCGAUGAGAAGAUUGCCGAAGAGCUGCUGGUCAAGCGCGGUCACAUAUACUCUGGCCGGCCGCAGAUUCGUGCUCUGAUCGGACACAAGGAGGGGCCUGUGUAUGUGGCUCUGAUGGACCGUCAUGACAGCUGGACCCAGCAGCGCAAAUGGGUGCACGCCGCCAUGGCCGAGGCGUACCGCAACCGCUUCUACGGGCACGUCGAGUCCGAAACGAAGCGGUACCUGGCGAUGCUCCUGCUGGACCCGUCGCGGUUCCUCUGCCACACGCGGGAGCACUGCGGGCGGGUCAUGAGCCGGCUGGCGUGGGACCAGGCGCAGCAGGGGGCGGAGAACGGGCGCAGCGCCGACGAGACGCUGCACUGCAUGUCGGUGUCGGGCCCCAUCGUCAACACGGUCUCGCCGCUGUGGCAGCUGCCCUGGGCGCUGAACCCCUGGUGGCGCAACGAGGUCCGCCGCGAGUCGGUCCAGCGCGCCUGGUGGGCCGGCAACUACCACGUCGCGCGCCGGCGGUUCCUCGAGGGGGACCUGCCGGCCGACACGUGGGCGCAUCGCUACUUUGACCAGCUGGCGCGGGACGGGAACGAUGCCUUGGAGCAGAGCCCCGAGCAGGUCGACUUUGCGAGCUGCAUGCUGGGGUUUUUCAGCCUCGUCGGCGCCGUCACCAUCUCGGGCCCGCUCAAGUUUUUCCUCAUGGCCAUGGCGCUGCAUCCAGAGUGGCAGCGGAGGGCGCGGGAGGAGGUCGACAGGGUGUGUGGGGAUCGCAUGCCUACCGUGGACGACUUUGCGGCGUUGCCGACGGUGAGGGCCGUUUUGAAGGAGACGGUGCGUUGGCGCUCGGGGGUGCCGCUGGGUGUGCCGCAUCAAGCCGAACAAGACGAUGUUUUCCGAGGAGUGCCCAUCAAAAAGGGCACCAUUGUCCUGGCGUGCGAAUGGAGCCUCAACCGAGUCCCAGAAAAGUACCCCGACGGGGACAGCUUCCGGCCCGAACGCUGGCUGGAGCCCGGAUGGCCGACCUUCCAGGAGCCGCUGAGCAAGUACCCCAACUUCCGCAACGGGCACGGCAUGCACACGUUCGGCUGGGGGCGGCGCACGUGCCUGGGGCAGAACAUAGUCGACGACGAGAUGUUUGUGUUUGCGGCGGCCGUGCUGUGGGGGUUCGACAUGGCGCAAAAGCUGGACCGGCGCACCGGCGAGCCCGUGGCCAUCGACACGCAGGCCACCAACAGUCACGUCAUCCUGGAGCCGUUGCCGUUCGAGAUGGCGUUCAAGCCGAGGAGCGAGGCCAGGGCCGCGGGCAUCUUGAGGGGGUAUGAGGAGGUCAGAGCCGGGCUGCGGGUUGUGGACUGAUGUCGCCUUGCUGACCGGGUUGGGAUAUUGUAUUAUUGGGUUACUACUAGGGUGGACGUUUUGAGGGAUGAACUGUAUCUAUCUUUUGGGUAAGCCGAGAGCAACAGGCCCAACUUGAUUGUCAAUCCGGACUCUUUGACAUUUUCCAUCCCUGGCUCUGAACCACUGCGUCGGAAUCGUGCAGGGAUGAACGAUGGGCUUCUCUGAAAAGGCUUUCUUGGUUGAAAGUAUACCAGGUACCACGUGCUGCAGUAUACAUGGACGAAUUAUAGGAUGGAUACGAGGCGAGUCGCUCUGACUUGGUAGCAAUCUUUCGUAUAACAAUCCUGUUUGUCUGUCUCCUGCAGGUGUCUCGUAGGACAUUGGCAAGUUGCGUGACUGGCGGCCUUCAGAGCACUGCCUCGUUCAACAUCAUUCCGACGUUGAGGAAAGUUGACACUACGGUAGCAGUCCAGACCUAGACUUUGUCGUUGCAGGCCAUGCUUUUGAUACAGAUCAACUUACCAAGCAUUUACGAGGUUUGACAAACAGGAUUUGCCAACAAGUCCAAAAAUAUGCGGUUCCCAAUGUGGAACUCGUACUCCAAUUUCGGGAGGCUUUCCUGACAUAGUAAUCGUCCUUGGAAUCUUCAUUGGAUCGGCACAUGGGGGCUUUGGCGUGCGAAGCUUUGCUAGAAGUAG